UCAUUCACUACACAGUCAAUUCUCGACUAGUAUUCUCAGUAAAUUCACCAAGUUCAACGAAAACCAUAGACAAGAUGGUGAAGAUCUACUUCCUUGCUGCUCUUCUUUUGGUGGCUGUAGCCGCCACCAUGUCUCUCCCACUUGGGGAGGAGGAGCACAGUCUCAUACCGAUUUUUAACGAAGAACGUGCCGACAGACAAAGAAGAGUGACCUGCGACCUUCUCUCCAUCAAAGGAGUCGCUGAGCACAGUGCUUGCGCUGCCAACUGUCUCAGCAUGGGCAAAGCUGGAGGUCGCUGCGAGAACGGAAUCUGCCUUUGUCGCACAACCACCUUCAAGGAACUCUGGGACAAACGUUUCGGCUGAAUUCAACCCUUCACCGGCGUUCAACUGUGAAGUUUUCAGUACUACAGAAGACACGUGACAAAGACUGAGGAUCUUCAACCGACAACGCUGAAGUAUUUAGAACUAUGCAUUUGUUAUUUAUUAGUCGAUGUAUUCUUUAUUACUGAACAUUCUCCGAACAUCGAAAUCCUUGAUAAUACGCUUAUUUAACUAUAAAAAAUAAAAACAACACAAUAAAGGCAGCUUUGGAAAACGAA